UGUAUAUAUAAAAUGAGAAUUCCCAAGUUCAGUUAGUUCAGUGCAAACACAACCAUUCAAAAUGAUGAAAUACAUUUUCCUAAUUGCCAUCAUGGUAGUAGUACCAAGUAUGGGGGAAUUGAUCCUCAAUACAAGACCAAUCUUUACUAACCAAGAAGACUCCAGCAUCCAAAUCAACAACAAACCAAUCUUCACUAAUGAGGAAGAUGUUAUUAUUGGCCACAACAGACCAAUCUUCACCAAUGAAGAAGACACCAUCCAACCUGUUAACAGACCAAUCUUUACUAAUGAAGAAGAUGUUAUCAUUGGCCAUAAUAGGCCAAUCUUUACCAAUGAAGAAGACACCAUCCAACCUGUUAACAGACCAAUCUUUACUAAUGAGGAAGAUGUUAUAAUUGGCCAUAAUAGGCCAAUCUUUACCAAUGAAGAAGACACCAUCCAACCUGUUAACAGACCAAUCUUUACUAAUGAAGAAGAUGUUAUCAUUGGCCAUAAUAGGCCAAUCUUCACCAAUGAAGAAGACACAAUCCAAUCUAUCAACAGACCAAUCUUCACCAACGAAGAAGAUGAUGUUUGCGACAUUUGCUUCAGCCAUUUGAAGACUUUGGUUGUUGCCCUUCAAGAAACUGCCUUAUAAUAAAAUCAAAUAUAAAUUAAUUGAAUCAGAUUUUAGUA